AAAAGCAAAAUUUAAUUCAAAUCUUCAAUUUUUAAAUUUAAGAAAAACAUUUUUUUUUCUUUUGAAUUUAAAUGUUUUAAAGCUAAAUGUUAAAAAUAAAUAACUUAAAAAAUAAAAAAAAUUAAAACCUCUAUUUUAGAUAAAUUCAAAAAUGCUAACUUUUUAAAUAGUAGAAUAAAGUGUAUAAUAAUAAUAAUGAAAGAUAUUUAUCAAAUUAGCAUGGUUAUAAGGAGAUAGAAACAAAUAAUAUUUGAUUUGAAUAGUUUUAGAUUAGUUAGAUCGAGAUUGUGUUAACAUAUAGCUAAUAAUAAUAAUAUUGAAAAGGGGGAAAGAAAAUUAAUUAGUUAGGAUGAGGAUAGAUAGAUUGAUAGAUAGAUAGAUAAAUAAAUAAUUAAUAACUAGGAGCGAGUGAGUGAAAGGAGCGAGAGAGAGAGAGAGAGAGAGAAAGAAAGAAAGAAAUAAGAUUAUAUUUAAAUUAAAAAGAGAGGAAGAGAUAUAUAAUUUUAUAUAAAGAUAAUUAAAUUUCUUUAUUAUUUAAUAAAAAAAUAUCGUAAUUUUAGAAUAAUGUCUAGAAAGAAUCCCCAGAUUUAUAUUACCAACUUCUCCAGCAGAACCACUGAAGAAGAUCUUAACUACGAGUUUAAGAGAUUUGGUAAAAUCCAAGAUAUCAACAUGAAGCGUUCUUACGCCUUCAUUACAUAUCACGAUCACCACGACGCCGAAGAUGCCGUUCGUAAGAUGGACAAGACCACUUUAAACGGAAAGACAAUCGUUGUUGAACCCGCCGGUUUGAAAAAAACCCGUUCAAGAGGUCCUUAACCCGAUGAUAAAUGCUACAGCUGUGGAAGAAGAGGUCACUGGGCUAACGAAUGUGAAGAAAAAAAAAGAAGGUAGACAUAAUAAUUAAUAUUCCAUCAAUAUUAAGUUAAUCAUUUGUUCAAUAUAAAGAUAUAGAAGAUCCUCGAGCAGAAGCAGCUCUCGCUCGAGAUCCAGAAGCAGAACAAGAAGAAGCAGCAGAAGAAAACACUCCAGAAGCAGCCCUUCUAACUCUAGAAGUAAUAGCAGCCGCAGAAGCAGAUCUCGCUCCGACUCUAAGUCUUCUUCUAAGUCAAAGUCCGAUUCUCGUUCCAGAUCUAAAUCAUCCAAGUCAAAGGAGAGUAAGUCUAAGUCAAGAUCACCUUCCAAGGACAAAAACUGAGGAAAUAAAUCCAAUAAAUAUUGAGAAAUAUUUGUGAGGUAUUAACUACCUACAAUUAAACAGUGUUAUAAGAAAUAUAAAAAGUAUAUAAAAAACAAUUAAAAAAAAGAUAUCUUAUGGACCUGAGCUGUUCGUUCAUUUAUCCCUCUUUACUUUAUGUGUCGUCACACUUAUUUUUUAAUCUCUAGAAACUACAAAAGAGACUAUUUUAAAUUGUUUUUCUUUCAAAUUGCCUUUUAUAUCAUUCUAUUUUACUUUUUUAUAUGAUUUAAUCUAUUUCGAAUUCUUCAAAUUAUUCAUUUUUAAAAUAUUUUUUAUUUAAUAAAUAUCAAAAAAAUAAAAUAAAGAAAACAAACUCUUUAAAUUCAAUUUAUUUUAAUUUCGGAUUUAAGAUUUAAGAAGAGUUUUUGUAAAUAAAAUAUAAAAAAAUAAUAUUAUAAAAUUUAAAUUUAGAAUCAAUAAUUGGAUAAUGA